UUUCUUAUUUAUUUAGAAAAAGAGAAAAAUAGAAAGAAGUAAAAGUAGCAUCAGUUUCCUAGCGUCUCGUAAACAUCGUCGACGUUCUUCCUUUCGGCGGGAGGAUAAUUUCGUGUCUGUAGAGGGUUGACCCUCGGAACGCGCGAGGGAUGCGCGCAAGGGUGUUUGUACGGCGUGGAUAGGCGAAUCGGUAAUUUCGCGUGUGGCGGACGGGCUCUCGAUAUCGAUUCCAGAAGGUCGCCGCCGAAGUAGUCGCGCAGUAAUCGUGCCCUCCGUCUGUCCUUCGGUUGACAGCAAGACAGCAAAACGUGCUUGUCGACGCAUUAUUGCGCGCGAAAUCAAUGAGAGGAAAGAUCGAUCGAUCAGGUCGGAGCCGACGAUCGAGCUCAUCUACUGCGCUUUUAUCGGAUGCGAUCAAACUGCUCUGGAGAAGAUGAGGAAUGCAUCCGGAUAAGAUUACUACGUAAGCAAGCAGAAUAGGGACGCAGAAUUAUUAUCUUGUCCGGGGCACCGAAAUAUCUCGGUUAAGCCCUGGCAAUCAUCAAUGAAGAGCCGGACAUGAAUUGGAUAUCCGAACAGACAUCACUGGGAUUAUUAAUCAUCCUUCUCCUGAAAUGCGGUAUCACAAGAUCGAUAGUAGACGUGAGGGAGCCGAUAUUAUUAAAAGUUCUCGUUCCUCCGACCCACACAGCCUUGUCCGGCGAUGUGACAGUUUUUAUCCUAGAUUCGGCGGAAACGGAAUCUUUCGCAAUAUCCACCAAUACCGUGAUCACCAACGAUACAAAUGGUAUGAAGAAAGAUGAGGAAGAUAAAAUCGAUCCGGAGAAAAACGAAAUUAAUGGAAGUCACGAACCGCUCGUGCUUAGAGUACUAUAUGUCGAUGGUCUCACAUCGGAAUUGAUUGGUGAUAUCCCUCUCAAUACCUUACCGCAUAAAGGUGAGAAUAUUUCUGUGAUAAUACCUUGUGGUAUCUUCUCGCGCGGCGGAAUUUAUACAUUACGACUUCAGUACAAGUUCUCAACCGUGGCUGCCAGAUACAACACUGCCAUUACUGGGCUGCCCGAAAUUGAGAUGAGCAGUGCCUUAGACGUAAAGUGGCCAAUCCCUUCUCUGCUCCUGGAAUCCCAACACUUUGGUACAUAUCCUAGUCAACCGGUAAUAGCAACCAUAAAGUACAAUGGAAUCUCAUGUGUGCCUGAUAACGGCAUUCCCGUAGCGGCUUAUAGUUUGCAGCUCAUAUAUUGCGGUACUACCACCGCCGCCUGCGAUCCACAGAACAAUAGUCGCACUCAAGUACUCUAUUACGAGGAGAUAAACGGCUUCACCUCGCCAAAGGUCAUCGAACUAAAGUGCGAUUUUUUCGGAUUGGCUGGAAAUUAUGCACUUAGAUUAAAGGCCUCGGACAUUAACCCUUCCGCACCGACGACUAGCGCGUACAUCAAGGUGGAAUGGUCGGACGAGUUCAGCUUCAACGUUCACGCGAGAUCGAUUUAUCCCUGCGAGGGAUCGGCGGGCAUAUCGGUCCUCUUCCAGUAUCCAGCGUGUCGUCUUCAGGGCGAUCGCAUUCGUGUCUACGGUCGCCUCCGGGCGGACGUAAGUUCCUUGGCACCGCCGUCCGCGUUACAUUACAUCGCGGAAUUAAAGGCGGCACCGGGAAAGCACUCGUUGAACUUCGACUGCGAUAUCUUCACCGAGAAGUUCAUCGAGUACUGCUUCGUUUAUGUGAGCCAGGCGAUCACCGGCGCGAUGGCGGAAGUAAAGCUCGCGUGCAUACCCACCUUCCCGCUCCUAGAAAAUGACGCGGCUGGUUGGGGUCCUUGGAGCGCGUGGAGUCCUUGCAGCAGCUCCUGCGUAGGUGGAACGCGUAAUCGAUAUCGAUUUUGCGAUACACCACCCCCGAAAUACGGAGCAAAAUUUUGUCAGGGAAAAGCGGUCGAGACAGAAUCGUGCGGCGGCACCGGCAGAAUCGAUUUUCAGGAGGCGUGGAACACCGAGGGAUGGGAGUGUCGACACGGAACGACAUUAGCGGCCACGAGACCGGAAGUCACGGCUCAGAUCGGUCUUCAGUGUCGAUGCGGUUGUAUUAUAAAUUUCCACGAUCAAAUCUUGAACAAGAUUCUAGCCGCGAAUACACAAGCCUGUCCCGGUCGAUCCUUUUGGCUGCUGCAGGCGAAAUCGGAUUACGUGAUCCGACUGCACUUGGACCAAACGCAGUUUCCCUGUCCAGGGCAAUACUUCCGCAUCCGCGACGGUGAUUCGCGAAGUGCGGAACUUUUGACGGAUAUUGCGUUUGACAAAAGCGCACCCGCAACGGGAACGAUAUUUUCCUCGGGUCAAAAUUUACUGUUGGAGUUUUUCAGCGACGAGUCAACCGCUUCGGGAGACUCUUGCGUGGGUGGCUUUCUAGGACAUGCGAGCAUGUUUAAGAAAUUAUACGAAAAGAAUAAGACAUUACUCUCUUCGGAAACGAGUUCCACUUCCACUGUCGAACGAUGGAUUUUCUGGGGACCCGCGCAUUUGGCGACAGCAUCUCUUUUGAUACUCAUAUUCUUUAUAUCUAUUUUUCUAGCAUUGCAAUUUGCAUUGAAAUAUAGAAAAUAUCAUAUCGCAGAAGAUUUGGAUACUCUGAGCGAGCAUUCCGGAUGUAGCGAUACGAUGGAACGAGCAAAAUCAAUGUCUUCUACGACAUUAAUAUCAGAAGUCGUGUCUUUAGUGGGAUUGCCAAGAAAAUGUACACCAAGACUUUCAAAACGUAAAUUGGCUCCUUGUGCGGUAGAGGACGGCUAUGAUAGUUCAGAAACUUUGGCAGAAUAUGAGGAUGAAACUAGUUUGAGCUCUACUACUUUGAAACAAGAUAACGAAGAAAGCUCUAUAGAAAGAAGCAUAAUACCGAACAAACUACAUGUUAAUGAAACAUCAUCGAUAGUAUCGGCUAUUAUGGCAGUUGGUCAGCCGGAAGUAAAAUAUGCCCAACCAGUCAAGUUACGCACCCUAGGAUCUAACACCCCGGCAGUGGACAAGCUGAUAUCGGAUGACACAACAUGUCAAAGUACAGCGAGCAUUACUAACAGCCCUCACAUUGCAAGACCUCAUCAUUAUGCGUCCAAUCCUUUGCAAUCAAAGGAUUCGACGAGCAGUCCACUAUCGGGUGUUUCUACGUUACGCAGCGGUAAAGAGACAAAGGAUCGUCGAAAUCGCGAGCGACUGCUUCAAGGACCGGGCUCGGAGUUCAGCCUAACUAAUCCGGAGACGGAUAUGGAACUGGAUUAUUACGAUUACAACGUAGCGAACGCCGGCGCCGCGCCGGGUUCGUAUUUAGGUAUGGAUCCAGCUUUUCUCCUAUGGAUUCCCCCGUUAUCGAUGUCUGAGGAUUCUGAAGGUCCAUCUGCGGAUCGACCGGAUUGUUUUCAAGGCACGACGGCGAGUCCGACAUUAUUCCGACUGCCGGAGGAGAUCACCGAGGGCGCGACCCUGACCCCGGCCGAGUAUCGGCGAAUGCGACAAAGGCUCGCGUCUAAUGUCGAGGAGACCAGACUGAGCAACUUCGAGCAGAAACGCCAAGACUCGACGUCCUCGUCUUCAUCAUCAAAGAACGAUUCGUCAUCUGGCGGUAGUGCUCUGUCCGAGGAUAGCAUCAACAGCGAAGGCAGAGCGGCCAGGCUGAACGAACGCCUAUUGCCAAUCCACCGAAUCCUGGAGGACUCUAGGACUCGAGUGAGCGAAGAAUCCUUGUGCGGUCAGCUUGGGACCGACAGGACGCAAUGCAUCAUUCCCAAUCGUCUUCAAGCUACUAAAUUUGAUUUUUCCCAGGAACAGGAUACUUCAUCGAGAAGUAGCCAACAAGGUAGUUAUGUAAAUAUCACCGACAACGUGACAAAAUCGGAAGAUAAAGCAGAGAAAUCAAAACAGACUUCGAAAAGGUAUACCGAGGACGCAAUGCUCCAUAAUGCUACUUCGAAGUCAUUUUUUAAUCAAAAAACAAAGGAUGUUUCCCAAGAAGAUAAGAGGAAUCGUUAUUUCAAGAACGAGAACACGUCCAGUAAGAACACGUCUGGUAAAUCAAGUUCGAAGACACAAGGAUACGUAGAUGGCAGAGAAAAGGAUCUUCAGGAUGCCAAAGACGAUUCCAAAUCGGAUAUCCUUUUGACGAAUCUGAACGUAACGAGUAACCAAUGCAAAUAUCGAGAUUUUAUGCAGUUCACGCAACCUCGAGAGAUGAAUAAAUUGUCAGAUUGCACCAACAUUCCGAUGAUUGAGUUCUCGGGGCCGCGUUUAAACUCGCCGGCGACAGCUCGAAGACUGACGACGGACAAUUUCAACAUUAGUUUGUCCAAGAAAGAAAUCCAGAGUCCAGAUUAUGGAGUCGAGAGCGAUAUUAAGGUGGAAUCGCACGAUUCCUUCUAUGAUCUAAUCCGGGAGAACGAGGAUGGCAUUAAAUUCGCGGACGACGAUGACGACUAUAUCGAUAACAGAGCGAACAUGUGAAAUCUGUGUUGUAAUUAUUACGUAUGAUUGCGCAAUAAAGAUUACUGCUAUUUUA